AUGGCAGCGCUGCCCAAGCGAUGGGCCUGGACAUUCCUCAAAGAGGGCCUCAAGUUCCGAGUAGGACGUCUCUAUGAGACCUUCUGGAACUCACAGUCCAACGUGAAGUACACCGUCGUGUUCCUCUAUCCUGGAGCGCUCUUUUGGGUCCGAUGGCGUGCGGAGACGCAGUACAAGUACAACGUCUUCAUUGCGGACAAGCAGGUUGAGCCCGACACCACUCAAAAUCUCAUCUCGUCCUGGAAGAACGGCUCUGUCUUCUACUUCCCAGCGAUGGCAACAGUGCAGGAUUUGAAGCAGUCCGUCUAUGGAGAUGCAUCCAAGGUGCCUCCUGCUGUUCGCGCAGGAUGCCAUGGACGUAUGAUGGAGGAUUCGGACAAUCUGGCAUUGGCAGUCCGCACCUUCUGCAAGCGUGACCCGAAGAUCGUUUUGUGGGAAGAGGAAACGGAGAAGGCUGCCUGCUGA